CAGACCGCCGGCCACUCUCCACAACGAGUACGACGACAACGAGGCAAAGUUCAAUCACUGUACUUGGUUUAUUCGCGAUGCACUUGUAAGAACAGUGCGGCGCGAUGAGUGCACGAUAUCGUACGAUUAGUGGUCUGCUGGGGCUGAUCGAACCCAACGCGAGCGGUACUCCGGGUUCACCUACGGUCGAGGUAGAGCUAGUGCCCGAAUCACCGUCAUCGUCAGCUGAUCAGGAGUCCGGCAACCGAAAGACGCGUAAAAGAGAUAGCCUCCGGAAGCUCAACGUACGGCAUCUGGUGAGCAGAAUCGAACAUCAUGCGACGGAAUCAUUCGAGCGCAGUUUCGGUGGUCGCUUCUCUAGGCGCCGAAUUGUCAAAGAGUCGCCACGAAUCGAUGGAGCAGCCGAGUCGGUCAACGCUGAGGAGCCGCAAGGUGCCGAGCAGGAAGGUGCGCCAACCGUCGUCACCGAAUCCAGCAGCGCUGGACACGGAUCCGGAGGUGGUCGAACGUGGAGAAUGGUGCAUCUAUCAGCGCGGGAAGAGAACGGUGGUGCUGGUGCCUCGUGCUCCCGUGACAAACAAUCAGCGGCGGCUGAUAACGCGCCCGAUAAGAUAAGCGCCGAUAGUGCAGAAUUUAGCGAGAGCCAGUUAAGCGAAAAAGUGCUCCAAGAUAAUGCCAUGAAGACGUCUACCAAUACACCCUCGGUGGAUCGUGAAGAUUCCGGGCGCUGGAGUAUCUGUUCUGAUUUCGAGCGUGUUUCGCUACCGGAUGUUAACGACGUGUGUGAUACGUGGAAUGAGUUUAUAUACCUGCGGCUCUCGGAGGCGAAUGCGCGUCAUCUGAACUCCUACUGUCCGGAUUUCGAAACGACUCCCUUCGAUGAAGACUACCAGCCAGCGGAAGCGGCCAAUACGAUUAUCUCGUUACGAUUCACGCCCGACGAGUUACUUCAAAUUAUUUACGGACGUCGCAGUGACCACAGCCACCAGGAACCGGAACCGGGAGAGUACGAUGAUGAAGUCUUUUCGCAAGCAUCAAGUGAUUCCUACGGUGAUGACUGUGUAUUUGAGGAUGCUCUCACAUCGACGGAGCAGCUGGUUGCGGGAAGCAUUCAGCUACCUGGCAGCGAUUCGCUGGAUGAGGGAAUCAGUUUUAGGGAGAGUCCAGUAACCUCACCGGAGCUACCUCACCAAAGUGAUAUUGACAUGAAAAUCUCGUUCCUAAUCGAUGAGCUGCUCGAAACGGAGCGGAACUAUAUCAACACGCUGCAGAAGGGUAUCGCCACCUACAUUGAAGCCGUUUUCAAUGAGCAGACGCCACCGGCACCGGAACUGAGUGGCAAAAAGUAUCACCUGUUCGGGAACCUCGAGUACAUCUUUCGGUUCCACCGGAACGCCUUCCUGCCGAAGCUGCUCACCACCGGCAACGAUGUCGAGCGGAUAGCGGACGUGUUUAUUCAUUUUCUCGAAAACGAUAGCUUCUACGGCUACAUCCUGUACUCGAUGUACCAUCCCAAGUCGCAGCGGGUGUGCGAGCAGCAUAUCCGCUUCUUCGAGCAGCACCAGCAGACGCACGGUGAUAAGCUGGGCGUCAAAAGUCUCAUUCUGCAGCCGAUCCAACGGUUGCCCCGCUACCAGCUGAUGCUGGCCAGUAUCUUCAAGCUGCUCAUCAAGAAACCGGGCGCCAUCAGCCGGAACACGCAGCUUCACAAGGUUUGCGUAGCCGAGAAGCGCCUCCAGACGUUGAUCGGCAUUAUGAACGAAUCGGUUACGAUCAACGACAUUCUACAGUGUGAGAAGGCCGAGGAUGAUGAGGUUGAGCUGGGCUUCGGGGUCCCAAAGCCGGCCAUUGUACUCAAAAACCAAAACCACGACAACCAGGUACUGUUCCUGUAUCCCAAGGAUAACGAGUUGGUAGACCGCAACAAACCGAUCAACAUCCUUCAUCUGGGCAAGUUCCGGAGUGUCUAUCCGGUGUUUAUCAACGAUCUGAGAUUGAAGCGCCAGUACCAGGGCCGUCUGUUUGUGUUCGAACGCUGCGUCAUCUACACGGAGCAGCUCGAGCAGAAGUGCCUGACCUACCGGGGUCACUACACGCACCAGGAGAUCGAGUUCGAUUUCAGCAACCGACAGAUCCUACGGUUGUCAUCGCGCCGUCACGAGCGGCUCGAGAUUGAAGUUAAGAUCAACAUUCAGAAUCCGGGCAAAACGCAUCUGGUCGAUAUCAUGACAACGCUCAAGGCCAUCAUCGACCGGCGGGAACAGCGCGAGAGCUUCGCUCUAGACAAUGGCGAAGUGUUGGCCGCUCUGCGGAACACUUUCGCCAGCCGGAAUGACAGCUACCGGAGUAGCUUCUCCAGUACGAUCAGCGAACUGAGUCUGCACAGCGUCACACCGUCCCUGUCGUUGGAUGUCGUUGGGGAAGACGAGGAACCGGCGACUGGUGAUAGCCGUAGCCAGAGUCUGAUAUCGGCAGGUGGCGGAUGCACCGAUAAGAUGCUACACUUUCAGCAGCACCACGAGCGUGCCCUGGAGGAUGGUACUAACCAGUACAUUCGCUCCCUGCCAACCGACGUAGCGGGACAGCUGGAGUCGAUGGUGGAAGUCCUGGAGGAGAUGCUGCGCGUUCAGCGUGCCAUCAACUACCGGCUGUUCGAGGACGAGUACCAUCGGUUAAGCUGCGACUCGGACGUGCUGUACCUGUGCGGUGUCUUUCGUGAUUGCUUCCAGCGUAGCGAGUUCGAUGUGUAUCUACAGUACGUGGAGCACGUCAAGCGCGUCGAAUCGAUUCUGAUGAGCUUCGAGCAGUACUUCAACGGACAACCGAAGCGACCGGGAGCGAUCGAGCAGACGAUCGAUACGUUCCUGUAUCUACCGGUGCGCUACGUUAACCGUUGCCAUCAUUUCUUCCGCGUGCUCUGGACUCAGCACAAGGACGAGGAAGGCCGCACCGGCGAUGCUGCGACAGUGAACAGUGACGUGCUACGCUACGUACACCAGCAGAUGGUGCUACUACAACGGCGCGUGAACGAGAACUACCAGAUACGCCAGCUCAUAAUGGACGUUGAGUUUCUGAAUGAAAUCGGGCUGAUAAAACACUCGGACGAGGUUAAGCUCGAGGGUUCGUACGCGCUGUUCCGCCUGAUGCUCACCAAAACCGGCCUACUAUGCAUGAAAAUCAGCGCCGAAAUGCACCACAACGAAACGUACAGCAGCGUCACGUUCUACUGCCCCUACACUAAGCUGUCGAUCCGCGAAAGUAAACGACGUGGUACGCAUCUGUACGUCUACUUGGAUAGCCGGAAGACGACGCUAAUCUUCCACUCGCGGCAGCAGCGCUUCCUCACGAUGGACCAUUACAACAAGCUCUCGACGCAGAUGAAGCAGAAGGGGCGCGAAAAGAAACGAUCCUUCUUCUACGUCACUACCUAGUCCCAACGGUCCCUUACUGCAAACUGCAACCGUGAUAUAAGGGGUCCGCGUGCGCUGUUGUUAUCGCGCGCUCGCGGCUCUC